AUGGAAAUUCUUUUCCUCCGGAGGAACACGAGCCACCUACAAAAACGCAUGCAGCAGCAGCAGCAGCAGCGGAAGCAGCAACAGCAGCAGCAGCACAAACAGCAGCAGCAGCAGAAGCAGGGCCUCAAUUGCUCCCCCCACAACAAUGCCACAGCCAGAACACCACCACCGCCACCAGCAGCAAGAGCAGCAGCAGCAGCAACAGCAACAGCAGCAACAGCAAUAGCAGCAGCAGCAGCAGCGGCCGCCGCCGCCGGAGCAACACCCCCCGCUGCAGCCCCAGCAGCAGCCGCAGACCCAGCAGCAGCAGCAGCCGCAGCCCCAGCAGCAGCACGUGCAGCAGCCGCAGCCCCAGCAGCAGCAGCAGCAGCAGCAGCAGCAGCAGCAGCAGCAGCAAACCCGUUGUCUGGCUAG